AUGCACAUGAUGAUAGAAAAUAUGUUGAUUGUUUUCAAUGUAACAAUGAGAAUUUUCAUUUUACAUUUAUGUUAUGUAGGUACUGAAAUAUGGAAUGAGGAGCUACUUUUAAAAGAAAACUUCAUAAAUGGAUCACCUAACCUAUGUCAAAAUGGUAGACAUCAAUCACCGAUUAAUAUUAUGACCAAAAAUCUUGUUUAUGAUCAUUCACUAUCCGCAAUGGAGAUAGAAGGAUUAGAAAAGCAACUUGAACUAAUCAUUGAAAAUUGUGGAUACGAUAUACGUAUAAGUUUAACUAAUGAAUUUGUACAAUUAAAUGGUGGUCCAUCCUCAUAUGCUUAUCGAAUUUCUUUUAUGCAAAUUAAAUUUGGAUCAGCAUCAACUCAAGGAUCAGAGCAUACAAUAGAUGGUAAAGCAUUUCCAGGUGAAUUGCAGAUUUAUUCAUUCAACAAUGAAUUAUACAAUAAUUUAUCUGAGGCAUUUUAUCGUCCGAAUGGUAUACUUGCUAUCAGUGUUUUCUUUAAAAUUGGAAAUGCAACGAAUAAGGACCUUUUAGGAGUUGUAGCUGCAGCCGAACAAACAAUAUUUAAAGGUGAAACAUUCCAGCUAAAAGGUCUUGAACUGCGCUCAUUACUAACAUCAACACAUGAGUUUAUGACAUAUGAAGGAUCAUUGCCAUUUCCUCCAUGCCAUGAAACAGUUACCUGGAUCAUAUUGAAUCAUCCUAUAAUGAUUACUGAAACUGAAUUAAAAACUCUUCGGAGAUUACGAGUUGCCGAUACAUUAUGGUCAGGAUCGAUGGCUGACAAUUUUCGACCAACUCAAGCUAUUAAUAACCGUUCAGUUCGGACGAAUAUCAAUUUUCGUAGUUCGAUAUAUAGGUAGACCAAAACGCACUGUUCCAUAAACCUUAGCAUUUAACUCUUGAUUCUACGUUGUCUGAAGAAUGGUAUAUGAGCAAUUUGAGUCAAAAAACAUCCCAAAAUGAUAAUAAACUGUGUUUCUGAAGUUACUUCAACGGCACUAUAGCAAACAAAUUGGCUGGCGAGUCAGAGUUCAGUUAGCACAGAGACCUAAUGUUUUAAUUUCAAAUUAACUGAAUUUUCGCCCAAAGACCUGUGGAAUUGUCAUGCUUUUUGCAUUCAUUACUUAUGUUUGUAUUUCUAGACAGUCUAGGACCUUAUCAUAUUUUAUAUCGUCCACUUUGACUGAAGUACUGUUACUGUUUUCCUGCAUUAUCGCUGACAAAUUAUCUAUCCAUACUGUUUUCAGCACCAAUCUUAUAAUGAUUUCCCGGAAUACAUGUUUAUGAACUACAGCCAGGUAAACAUGAGAUAGUGAUAGAUUAGUAUUUAUAAACAGGUAAAGAAUCUCUCUCAAAAUAUUCAUCUUAUUUUUUAACAUUUUUGUAUUCCACAUGUCUCUUGGAAAUCAAUAAAAGUAUGUAG